AUGGCUCAGAAGAAGAGUAUCGUCGUGACCGGUGGUGCGAGCGGAAUCGGCCUGGGAAUCACUCGCUCGUUUGCAGAACAAGGUGCACACAUUUCCGUUCUGGAUGUCAACCCGGACGGCGCCAGCAUCGUCAAGGAGCUGUCUACAGAAUUCUCAGGAGCCAGCUUCUCAUUUUACAAGGUCGACAUCUCAAAGUGGGACGAGCAAGCCGCAGCGUUCGAGCAGAUCUACCGAGACCAAGGCCGUAUCGACGUGGUCAUGGCCAACGCCGGAAUAUCCAGGGAACAAUCACUUAUCGUGGACGAAGAAACUCCGUCCAAGCCAACCCUGCCGUCUCUGGAUGUGAAUCUUACGGGCACCAUUUAUACGGUGAAAUUGGCCAUCCAUUACAUCCGAAAGAACGCCACCGUAAACGGCGCGACACCAGCGUCCAAGGGAUCAAUCAUCUGCACCGCGUCGAAUGCCGGCCUGUAUCCCUUCCCUGUGGCCCCGAUAUACGCAACGUCAAAAGCCGGUGUCAUCGGUUUGGUGAGAGCGCUAGCAAGACCUCUCGAGAAGCAGGCGAUCCAAAUCAACGCACUGGCUCCGGCUGUGCUAGAAACAAACAUCGCUCCCAGCAAAGAUCUCUUCAAGCCAAUGAUCAUUACUCCUAUGUCGACCUUGACUCGGGGCGUUCAACAGCUGGUAUCAGAUCCAUCAUUGACCGGACAGGUUGCUGAGAUCCACGGCAACAACGUGACGUUGAGCCAGCCGCCUCCAUACGUUGACGAGGAUACUGGAAAGAACAUCGAGACGUUUUGGUCCCUGGGAUACGCAUAA